AUGGUAGACAAAACCCCUCAGUCUAUUUUAUCUGGGCUGAUGAGUUACUCUUAACAGAAUAAACCUUAAAAUGAAGAGGAUACUAAGUUCAAUAUUAUCCCAAUAGAUUGCAUGAUCUCAAACAAGACUAAUCUGAUUGCAGUAUUAAAUCAACAGCCAUCGUAAAAACCUUGCAAAUCAUACAUCGAGAUUCAAUUCAAUAAAGAAUAGGAGAUUCCAUUUUUCCAGUAUAUAGUUCUCUAAAACUUUUACACUUACUCAGUGACUGUCAAAUAAUUCAAGGGAGGAGUUGGUGAUGUUAAGGAGCAGAAAAAGAAUGAAGGUAAUUGGACUACAAUAUUGAAAGACUAUCAACUGAUGCGAAAUUCUCAUUUUGAAACAGAUGCUUAAAACUGGCAUAUUAUUGGCACAGAGCUUUUUAAUACAAAAUUUGAUAGAAGAGGCAUCAAAUUUUUAAGAAUAUACCUGAAGUAACCAUCCUCUUCCUGGCUUGACUAUACUCUCCGCAACAUAACUAUGUAUAUGAAAAAGAAUGAGGUUAAAUAUCAGAGUUAGGCUCAUUCAUAACAGCUGGGUAUAUAAAGAGAACUAACACCUUUUGAAAUGCUGAAGCAAAAUAUUAGAAACAAUCUUAAGGGUUUGAAGAAAGAUGACGAUAAAGACAGUGAUAGUGGUUCAAACUAGAUUAGUGCUCAAGGACCUUAUAAAAGAGGUGAUUUAAACAUAGCAACUAUCCUUUAAUCUGUAUAAUUUGAUCAUUAUUCAUUAUUUUGA